GAUGCCACAGAGUAUGGAGAAAAUGAAAUACUGAAUUAUAGGUGUGAUGAACAGUUUAAAGUAGCAAAUGGAAUUCCUUCAAAAUGCACCAAAGUGGGGCAAAUAGCAGAUUGGAUUCCAACACCGAUGUGUGAACAAAUAAAAUGUCAUCUGCAACUGCCACCGCUCAGAGGGACUACAUAUGAACCUGCAUCCACAAGUGCAUUCUUACCUGGAGCAACUGUGACAGUCACCUGUGGGAGUACAUAUUGGAUUGAGAGGACUGACAAAACCUUCACAGAGGCCACUUGCAAAGGAGAUGGGGAGUGGAAUAUCAGACCAGUAUGCCAAGAGGUUAUAUGUUCCAAUCAGCGAGACCCGUUUUUGUCUUACUGGGGCGUCUAUUACUGGCACCAGAAAAAACUUGGGGACACUGCAUCUUAUACCUGUAAGAGGGGCUAUAAGAGUACAAAUGGUGCCACUCGGGCCACAUGCACCAGGAAUGGAUGGACACCAAAACCCCUUUGUCACGGGACACGCUGCGAACGACAGGACAUUGAAAAUGCAGACAUUGCCCACAACAGCAAGUGGAACUACAAUGAUGGUGAAGAAGUCCGUUACAGAUGCAGAAACAGUGGCAAACAAUUCACUAUCACCUGUGAUGAAGGUGUCUGGACAGGAAUUGAAAAGUGCUCAAGUGAUGAGUCCUGCCUGAAACCCAACAUUCCAAAUGGAUUUACAGCUGGGCCUUACAAAAACACCAUCUACUACACCUGUGACGCUAAUUAUAAGCUUCCUACCAAAGGCUGGUGGGGUUCUGCGAAGUGUCAAGGUGGUGUCUGGUCUGGACUUCAACGCUGUAUCGAGAAAUCACGGUGUGGAGAGCCUCCUGUGAUUCCUAAUGGGAAAGCAACAGAAGUUCGACAGCCUGCUGAAGAGGCUCAAAUCCUUGAGAUAAGCUGUAAUAAAGGAUACUCCACUGAUGUUGAGCAAUUGACCUGUCAGGAUGGAAAAUGGAAUUCAAAUGGAGAAUCACUUGAAACACUCUGUAGACUUACCAGACCUCGCUGCAGUCCUCCACCCAGAGUUGAAAACGCUCUUGUUUUGAAACCUUAUCGGAAAGAAUUCCUCUCUGACUCUGUGAUAACUUAUCGCUGCCGCGAAAAUUUCACAAUGGAGGGAGAGGACACGAUUAAAUGCAUCUCAGGAGAAUGGGAGGAGAAGAACACCACAUGCAUACAAAAGCCGUGUCCAUUUCCCGAAGAUAUUCCUAAUGGCUCUUAUAAGAAAAUUUUUGGUAAAGAGUUUGUUGUUGGAACCAUGAUCAAGUACACUUGCAAUGAAGGUUAUCGAAUGGUCAGUCAGCACGAUACUCGAACAUGUUCGCUGGACGGCUGGACCAACACAGAGCCAAUAUGUGAACGCGCCACCUGUGAAAUUGCUGAGUUGCAAUUUCCUGUAGAUAUGGAUUUACAUGUAAUCCUGGUCCAUUGGAUCAAACAUAUCACAUGUUGA